CUUAGGUAGACAGUUUCUAUCAUGUUCCUCGAGAAAGGGGUGCUGUCAAAUUUCAACCAUAGGCCCAUAGCAAGACACGAACAGGAGAAACUCUAACACUUCCAAUCCUGUGUCCCCCCACUUACCAGCAGGCUCAGAAAUUCGACAUUUAGUCCGUCGGGUCGUAGCCAGCAGCAGCAGCCAUGAAGAGAAGAAGCCUCCUGAAUCAGUUUCUGCUGGUGAUGUGGAAGAACCUUCUGCUCAGGAAGAGGCAUUGGCUUCUCACCAUCUUUGAGAUCAUCAUCCCAGUUCUGCUAUUCACUAUCCUGCUCUCCGUCAGGGUUCUGCCUGAUUCGGCUUUUGUGCCUAAAGUUAUUAAUACAACGACAGUGUUCAACGUGGCUGACGAAAGAGAUCUGAAGGAAAUGGUCUGCAGCAAGUUCGGUGUGUGGGUUCCUGGGUUGAGAGUUUGCAUUCCCGCACCAACAGCCACCGUUGGGGACAGGCGAAUAUUCUACGGGCCCCCGGGAGCGUUCACCUUAGGGGUGGCGAAGUACGUUUCCGAGGAAAUUGGGAUGAAGGGUAGAUUCAAUCCGCAUGAGAACGUUCUUCAGGCGGUGAAUUCAACUCAAGAAAUGGACGAGGCUGUCCAAGCCUCCUACCUGAUGAGCAACAAAUCAGCGACGGCUUACUACGUCGGUUUGUUUUUCAGAGAUACCGACGGGGAUGAAGUCCCGGAACACCUGAGGUACGACCUGCGAUUGCCCAAAAUAUGGUUUACGGAAACUCUGUAUCCAUUCUUGCAGAUACCGGGACCCAGGAAUUUCUCAUUAUUCUCAAAGUUUACCGGUUCCUACAAUUUAGACGGAUUCACAUAUGUCCAGAGUCUCGUCGACCGAUAUUUCAUCUCUGAAACCUCAGGCAACACCUCCUUCAGGGAAAACUUCAAGGUUGCAGUCCAGAUGUAUCCUUAUCCUCCUUACGUCCAAGACAACGGGAUGAGUCAAAUCUAUGGAUCUACUCUUCCUACCUUCGUUGUCCUGUCUCUCGUCCUUCUGUCUCCUUCCCUCAUCAAGAGCAUCGUGUACGAGAAGGAGACAGGUGUCAGGGAGCUGAUGAAACUGAUGGGCCUCAACCAGUGGAUAGGAUGGGCCGGCUGGUUCUUCCACUCGUUCGUGACCAUCGUCCUGGUUUCUGCUUUCAUCACAGUCAUGCUGAAGGCCAGUUUGACAAGCAGGGACGCCGGCGGGCUACUGCCGCCCAUCCUCGCCCACAGCGACGGCGCCCUCGUGUGGGUCUUCCUCCUGACGUACGGCAUCUCCUCUAUCGCCUUCUGCGUCGCCAUCUCCACCUUCUUCAGCCGCCCAACUCUGGCCACCACGAUGGGCAUCCUUUUCUGGAUGAUCUCCUACUUCAUACCCCGCACCAUGAUGGAUUUUGAGUACGACAUCAUGGGGCUCACACCCAAGUUGCUGUCCUGUCUCCUGCCGAAUAUGGCCAUCACUUGGGCCUUCAGGAUCAUCGCCAUGUUCGAGGGGAGAACAAUUGGUAUUCAAUGGGAUAGACUUUGGGAAACGGGAAAUCCCAGGGAUCAGCUAACCCCUGGAAUGGUUCUCAUUAUGCUAGUGGCAGAUUCGCUGAUCUUCUUCUUGAUAGCGUGGUACGUCGACCAGGUCAACCCGGGUGUUUACGGUGUGCCGCAACCGUGGCACUUUGUGUUUAAGAAAUCGUACUGGUGCGGCUCCAGACCCGGUGGCGAGGACGACAAAGGCUCCGAAGACGACCAGCCUCCUCUAAAGGAAUACUUCGAAGACGAGCCUUCCAGUCUGAAGCCUGGAAUCGUGAUUAAGAAUCUCAGGAAAGAGUUUAGAACUCUGGGCAAGAAGACGAAAGUGGCGGUGGAGAAUGCAUCGUUCAAGUGCUACGAAGGACAAUGUACGGUUCUCCUUGGUCACAAUGGCGCUGGGAAAACCACCACUAUGUCGAUUCUCACAGGUGUCUACGCCCCCACGAGCGGAUACGCCGAGGUUGGGGGUUGGAAUAUAGCCACCCACCUAAGAGAGGCGAGACAGGAACUAGGUCUUUGCCCUCAGCACAAUAUGCUCUUCGUCGACCUGACAGUGUAUCAGCAUCUGCUCUUCUUCGGGAGGCUGAAAGGGAUGUCUAAAAAAACUGCCAAGAAGGAAGCAUUGAACCUGAUGAUCCGUCUGGAACUCUCUGACAAGAAAAAUAUGUAUGGGAACCAGCUCUCUGGAGGGAUGAAGAGGAAACUGUGCUUGGCCAUUUCAUUGAUUGGCGGUUCUAAGGUCGUAAUCCUGGACGAACCCAGCAGCGGCCUAGACCCGGAAUCCAGGCGCUGGGUUUGGGACGUGGUCCAGAAGGAGCGAGGUUCCAGGACCUUCCUAGUCACAACGCAUCACAUGGAAGAGGCUGACGUUCUGGGAGAUCGAGUGGCCAUCAUGGCUGCUGGAAAGGUGGUGGCUUCUGGGUCAACUCUGUUCCUGAAGAACAAGUUCGGUGACGGUUAUACGCUGACGCUCUUGACGUCUGAAAAUUCAAGAGUAGUUGAAAUUGGUACAGCCAUCAAAAGCCAUCUACCAGAGGCCGUCCUGCGCAGUUCUAUAAGAGGAGAAAUCACCUUCCAACUUCCCCCUAGGACAGACGUUUUCACUUCUCUCUUGGACGACCUGACCAGCAGGAAGAAAGAGCUGGGCAUUCAACACCUGGGUCUGUCUUUGACAACCAUGGAGCAAGUUUUUCUGAGGGCAAGCUCGGUGCUGGACGACCAAGUCAAAGAUUUCAGGACCAGCAGAAGCAGUUUGCAGGAGGUGAACGGUCGCUCUACAGUCAGUUUAAAUUGUGGCGAGGACGAUAUGAGCAGCCAACGGUUUUUGUACAACAGCCAAUCAGAGAUAGAGGUUAAACUGACCGGAUUUAGCCUUUUGUUGCAACGCCUUAAAGCUUUCAUGGUCAAGAGGUUUAUUUACUCGAAGAGGAAAUGGGUGCUCUUACUCAUCCAGGCUCUGUUGCCAGUCCUGGUCACGAUAUUGUGCUUGGCUGUGGACGCCUCCUUCAACGAAGACGAAGACCAGGAACCGCCUCUCGUCAUGAAUACGUCCAUUUACCCGGAGUCUACUUAUUACGUUCAGGCAGACGGCAAUCCCGAGCUGCAAUUGCUGGCUGAGAAUUACGAAGAGCUGUUUAGGGGACCAUAUAAAGUUUACAAUACUAGCGAGAUAGUGAAGAGCCUCAUUGACGAAGGAGAGAGUAACCUGUUCUAUUACCGUGAGAAUAACAUCGCUUCUGCCGUAUUUUCAAGACUGGGUGAGAAGAACGUCGCAAUGCGAGCCAUGUAUCAGUCAGUGCCAUUACACACUCCAGGCGUUAGCAUGUCUUUGGUCACUAACGCUUUGCUGAGAUACGCCACCAAUUCGUCCGAGAGUUCAAUAACUACCUAUAAUCGACCUUUGCCACCAAACAGAGCGCUGAGCCGGCUCGACGACAAUACCACAGCCAGUGGCAUGGUUUACUCCAUGUUGAUGCCCCUGGCACUGGCUUUCCUCGCCGCUUCGUUCCUGGUCUUUCCGUUGCAAGAGAGAGAGACUAAGGCCAAGCAAGUUCAGGUUAUGACAGGGGCUUCAUUGUGGGUCCUGUGGUUCACCAGUUUCUUGUGGGACUACUUGGUCUAUUCGUUUUCAGCGGUCCUGAUCUUCGUCACCAUCAUGAUCGGCGACACGAAAAAUUUUUUCACUGUGGAUGCAGCUCCAGGUGCGCUUCUUCUUCUUCUGCUGAUGUUCGGGUGGGGAGCCAUCCCUAUGGCGUACGUCUUCAGUUUCCCGUUCCAAACAGCUGCUUCGGGAUUUGCCGUCAUGGCGGUUGUCAACAUCGUUGCAGGCCAGAUCAUUUACGUGGCCGUCACUGCUCUCGACAUGUCUCAUUCGACGACACUGGAACUCGUCAGUGACAUUUUGAACUGGAUUGGUUCAGUGGUGCCAACCUACCGAGCAUCCAGGGGCUUCCAAAACUUAGUUGACACGAGCUUUAACAACACUUACUGUGAACUUUUACCCGACCACGUCAAGGACCAAGUCUGCGAAGUUUUGGAGUUGGUUUCACCGUUUGAUGACUUCGUCCAGUGUUGUGAUAACUGCGCUACGAUUGGCUCCAAGAAAUGUUUUGAGAAGAGAUUAUAUCUGGAGUUCGACGACCAAGGAAUGGGGCCUGAUAUCCUCAAUCUCUUCGUCAAUGGCGUCAUUUUCUUUCUGAUCCUCGUCCUGAUCGAGGUUGAUAAUGGGAGAUUCUUCAGGUGGCUGUUCUGGUCAAUAAGAAGCAUUUUCUCUCGAGUACCCACAGAACAAACGUCUGGAAUCGUAGACGAAGAUGUUGUAGCAGAGGAAAACUUGGUUUCCACCACGAUUCAGACACGUUUGCAGAACCCUGGUAUGCAAGACGACGCAGCCAUGUUGGUGUCUGGCUUGACCAAGACCUUCUACGGAGCUGUGAGGCCAGCAGUGAACAACAUAGCAUUUCGGGUGGUCCGAGGCGAAUGCUUGGGACUCCUAGGGGUCAAUGGAGCAGGAAAGACCACCACUUUCAGAAUGCUUACCGGAGACGAGAGGCCGUCGGGUGGCGAUGCCUACGGAGAGAAGAACAUCUCUGUAGUGCAUAGGACUAGAAAGUUUAUACGCCAGAUAGGAUACUGCCCGCAAUUCGACGCCAUCAUCGGCGAGCUGACCGCGGAGGAGACGCUGACGCUGAUGGGUCGCCUGAGGGGCGUCCACGACUCGCGCCUGAAACGCGUCAUCGCGUCUUUGGUGACCCUCGUCGACCUGACGGAGUGCGCCAAGCGGCCGUCAUCCACCUACUCGGGAGGGAAUAAGAGGAAGCUAUCGACCGCCAUGGCGUUAGUCGGGUCGCCUCCCCUCGUGUUCCUGGACGAGCCCACGUCCGGAGUCGACCCGGCCUCCCGGCGGCGCGUGUGGGAGGCCAUUAUGCAGGCCGUGAACAAUGGACAGAGCGUCCUGCUGACCAGCCACUCCAUGGAGGAGUGCGAGGCCCUCUGCUCCCGCGUCGUCAUCAUGUCCAGAGGUCAGCUGAGGUGCGUCGGCACCACGGGGUACCUCAAGGCUAAGUUUGGACAAGGGUACAGCCUGCAGAUCAAGUUGAGGAUCAACGACGCCGGCGGAGCGGCUAAUGACGACGACGCUUACAACAGCAAGAUUGCAGAGCUUCGGCGCGUCAUUAGCCAGAGGCUGCCAGGGUCAACUCUGACUGAUCAGCACAAGGGUAUGCUAGCUUACAGAAUCCCCGUCACUGUAUCCUGGAGCCAACUGUUUUCGAUCAUGGAGUCCCUGAAAAGCGGGAAAGGCUUCCAGCAGCCUACUCCGAAGAGUGAGAUGUCCGCCUGUCACCUCUUCUCUCUCCCCAUCGUGGAAGACUACGCUGUCUCGGAGGCGUCUCUCGAACAGGUGUUCUUGUCGUUCGCUCGAGAGGCCAAUGAUGUAGUCCCAGAUCACGUUCCCAAAGAAGUUGUCACCAAAUUUUGAUGAGUUAGUCUCGUCUGAAUUAGUCCGAACACGUUCCCAAAGAAGAUGUCACCAAAUUUUGAUGUAUAGGUCUAGUCUGAGGUAGAUGAUAGUGAUACGCUGAUACUGAUUGGGGAGACGAUGUAGAUAAUAGAAAUAAGACAAUAUUUAGAAUAACAUAUCGUGCUUCUAUGACGAGUGCUUUGCGCGUAAGUGAUUAUAAAUUAUUCAUAUCUUUUUCUCUUUGUUCUUGACACAUAUUAUUCUAUCAUGUUUUUCUUUUAUUUGUUAUUGCAUUGCAUAUUACAUUUUCCAUUUUAUUUCAUUGUUCAUUGACCCCGAAAAAUGGGUUAUAUAUCUUUGUAUAGUAUUAUAAUAUAAGUUUAUUCACAGAUCUCAUAUAUUACAGCGUUAAAGGUGUAUUUAUAAGUUUUAUAUUGAGUAAAUGUGACUUAUAGUGUUAA